UAGAAUUAGAUACAUUAAGUUUAGAGGGGGAGUUUACUGUAAUUUUCUCUUACACCCAUGAUGUGUUAUGAGAUGGUUGGUACUGCAGUAGUGGCCUAGUGGGUAUAGCCAUUGAGUGCCAAGUUGAGGGAUAGUAUAACACAUGGCAGCGCCUGCUGAGUAGCUAACUGUUGGUAUACAGAGUUUUCGCCCCUUAUUCAUCCCCUUCAAACACCAAACAUCUCAAUUUUGAUCAAUUCCAUCAUUCGGAAUAAAUCAAAACCUUUGCAGAGCAGCAUUACGGGUAUUUUUUUUAUAAGCCAGUGUUCGGCUCGGCUUAUGCGCAACUUGUAGCCUUACAGAAUAUAUUCUUAGAACCAGGUCCUCCUCUUUGAGUAUAUUGAAGUAAAUGGCACAAGCGAAAACUACGGAAAAUACGUCGAAACUUGCAAGCUAUGAUGCUUACUUUGAGAAGGUCCAGAGCAGAAAGAAACUGCCCCGUAAUUUACAGGAAACUUUAACUGAUGCAUUUGCAAAAAUUCCAGUUUCAUCCUUCCCUCAAGUUCCUGGAGGCAAAGUGAUUGAAAUAGACGCUGAGACUACUAUUGGUGAUGCUGUCAAAAUUCUUUCUGAAUCCAACAUCCUCUCAGUUCCGGUAAAGAAUCCAGCUGCUCAGAAUAGUUCAGAUUGGAGAGAAAGGUACUUAGGUGUCCUUGAUUACUCUGCUAUUGUGCUUUGGGUGCUGGAGGGUGCAGAAACAGCAGCAGCUGCCUUAUCAGCAAGUUCAGCAGCAGCAGCCGGAGUCGGAGCAGGUAGUGUGGGUGCUCUUGGAGCACUGGCAUUGGGUGCAACAGGUCCUGCUGCAGUUGCCGGUCUAACGGUGGCUGCAGUUGGUGCAGCUGUGGCAGGUGGAGUGGCUGCAGAUCGAGGAGCGGGAAAGGAUGCUCCAACUGCAGCUGAUAUGUUGGGUGAAGAUUUUUACAAGGUUAUCCUUCAAGAAGAGCCCUUCAAGUCAACGAAGGUGAGCUCCAUUAUAAAAUCCUAUCGGUGGGCACCAUUUGUUCCAGUAGCAACGGACAGUUCUAUGUUGAGUGUCUUGCUGUUGCUAUCAAAAUAUAGGCUGCGGAAUGUACCUGUGAUAGAAAGGGGAAGUCCAUUCCUUAAGAACUUCAUAACUCAAUCGGCCGUGGUACGGGGUCUUGUAGGAUGCAAAGGGAGGGAUUGGUUUGACUGCAUCUCUGCGCACCCUAUAUCAGAACUCGGCCUCCCAUACAUGUCCGCUGAUGAGGUUAUUAGUGUCCGAAACGAUGAACUGAUUUUGGAAGCAUUCAAGAAAAUGAGAGAUAACAAUAUUGGAGGUCUGCCAGUUGUUGAAGGACCGAAGAAGAAGAUAGUUGGCAACGUAAGCAUAAGAGACGUCAGAUUCUUGUUACUCAGACCUGAACUCUUCUCCAAUUUUAGGCAGCUGACAGUCACGGGCUUCAUGAACACAGUUGCUUCGGCAACCCAUGAUGCUACAAAGGUGGCUACACCAAUAACAUGCAAGCUUGGUUCAACUCUUUCUAGUGUAAUAGACACUCUUGCGUCCAAGUUAGUUCACAGGAUCUAUGUCACUGCUGAGGAUGAUGAGGAAGUGGUCGGUGUGAUUACACUCAGAGAUGUCAUUUCUUGCUUCAUCUAUGAACCACAAAACUUCUUUGAUAACUAUUUUGGAUUUUCUGCACAAGAAAUGCUCGUAAAAUGAUAUGUUUCUGUUGGUGAAAAUAAGCAGGAUAUGGGCAAGCGAUGCAGUCAAAAGAACCAGCAUCAGGUUUUGGUAUAAGAUCCAAGAGAUACGCUCUUUUACCAGUUUAACAUGUACAAGAUGAUCCUUUUUAUGUCACUCCGGCAGCACUAUCGCUUGCUAGUUUUUUUGAGUUUGCUUUUUGGGUUUUUCCUAUUCAUUCACCGCUGGUUGUCUUCCUAGCUGGCAUGAAAUUUAAGGUUCCAUAAAACUUUUUCUAAUGCGAAGUUCUUGCUUUGUAUGACUGUAAUAUCAAGAGUGAAACUAUGACACUAUUGUAAGAGAAUUUAGGACCUACCAUUUUCUACCAA